UCAACGGAAGUUUGCACUUUGUGGCUAGUUAGCUAACGUAGAGUAUUAUGUUUCUGAUUGUAUGUUUUACCUGCACAACUAAAAUACCUCACUUAUUUGCACAUAUAUUUUAAAACCUUUACAUAGCCAUCUUUUUAUUCUUGUUAUUGCAACUCGUCAUCCUGAAACAUGAUUUACCACAUCCCCUGGAUAUAUAUCCCAGUGCGCACUGCCCUUGCAAUCUGGCACCAGCUGACAAAAUAUGAGAUCCCUGAACUGUCCAAGCCCUCGGUGUGGAUGAGGGACAGCAAGCGAGUAGAGGAGAUCAUUCAGGCCAUGCACAGGGCCGGGCCCAGCACUCUCCAGGUAAUCUCUGACUUUGACAUGACGCUCACCAGGUUUGCACACAACGGGAAGCGCUGUCCUACCAGUCACAAUAUUCUUGACAACAGUAAACUCAUCAGUGAAGAUUGUAAGAAUAAUCUGAAGGAGCUGCUAAACACGUACUACCCCAUUGAGAUCGAUUCUGCCCGCACAGUGGAGGAGAAGCUGCCCCUCAUGGUGGAGUGGUGGACCAAAGCGCACAACCUUCUCAUUCAGCAGAGGAUUCGGAAGGACCUGCUGGCUCAAGUGGUCAAAGAGUCUGACGCCAUGCUCAGGGAGGGGUACAAGGUGUUCUUUGACCAGCUGCACAAGCACAACAUCCCACUGCUCAUCUUCUCCGCGGGCAUCGGGGACGUGCUGGAGGAAGUCAUCCAUCAGAACGGAGUCUUCCACCCCAACAUCAGGGUCUUCUCCAACUACAUGGACUUUGACGAAAAUGGCAUCCUGUGCGCUUUCAAGGGCCAGCUAAUCCACACCUACAACAAGCGGGAGGGGGCGCUGCUCAACGCCGGCCACUUCCAGGAGCUGCAGGAUAAGCACAACGUCCUGCUGCUGGGGGACUCCCUGGGGGACCUGACCAUGGCCGACGGCGUGCACAGUGUGGAGAACAUUCUGAAAAUUGGCUACCUCAACGACAAGGUGGAGGAGAGGAAGGAGUCCUACCUGAGCACCUACGACAUCGUUCUGGAGAAGGAUGAGACCAUGGAUGUGCCCAACGCCAUCCUGAACCACAUCACAGACAGGCAGUGAGCUGGGCACGAGGUGGUGGAGGAGGACUAUACAUUUCAGCAUUUUCGUUUCGGCCAUUGCUUCAUUUCCGGCUUGUCUGGACACCAAAACCGCAGGCCAGUGAUUGGUAACUGCAUUACACAGAGAGGAAGUGUGGCAUACCUCUUCUGGGGUGCCGUCUGCGAUACCACGCCAUCUUUCAGAUGCACUGAAUCAAUCCACAUUUUUAAAGUUGCCUCUUCCAGACAUGUGCAGCAGGAGAUGUCUCUCAUGGCGGUUUCCGGGGUCCACAGGGAUCACCUACCACACACAUUCACCUCCUCACCCAUUCCUCUGCUCAUGGUUAUCAUUGACGUGGGACCUCUGCGACCCUGAUAUCAAUAAAACAGACAAACUUUAUGAUAGGAAAACGCAGCGAGAGGUGGACACCCCCUCUCUGGUAGUUAACAAUUGAACACAAACGCACUGCCUAUUGCAUUGAGUAAACAGGGCAGUGGGAAGACUGGUCAUAUUUAUGCAAAAAGGGAAUUGGUGUACUGCUGCUCUGGGGGUCAGAAAAAGCUUUUAUGGUAUUGUGUUGCUUUUAGAAAAGGAACUUCUGUUUGCAUUUGUGUAAUUGCCCUGUAAUUUCCCAUGCUUGUAGAACAUUGUAUAUUAGGAAGUCUAUUUUCCACGGUAAUGGAUAACACGUGAAGGGAUAUUCACAUUGACAUUAGAAAGCCAGAUAAAGGUUGGGCAAAUUUCAGUUGGCUUGCAGGACUGUAUGUCCAAGACCCAGCUUUUCAUCUGGUGGGUUCUUUUUUCUUUUUGGCCCCAAUUUUUAU